AGCACAAGAGUCAGACGAAGAGUCUGGGGAUGAAACCAGUUCUGAUAGUGGUGAAGAUGAGCAAGGCCAUUAUCCACUUGCCCAGGAUCCCAACGCAGAACUGCCACCCGAGCACUGGCACAUCGGAAAAUUGGUCAAGUACCUAAAAGGUGGAAACCAAACGUCGACAAUCAUAUCUCUGUGUGCGCUUCUUGAUAUGCCCUUAAAUACUGAGGUUUGUCAGUUUGCUGUUCGGGACACGGGUGGUGUAGAAGUGUUAAUAAAUCUCCUAGAGACGGAUGAGGUUCGCUGCAAGUUAGGGGCUCUGAAAAUCUUAAAAGAAAUAUCCCAGAAUGCAGAACUGAGACAAGCAAUUUCAGAUCUAGGCGGAAUUCCUCCAAUGGUGGAGCUACUGCGUUCACCAAAUCGUGAUCUUAAAUGUCUCGGUGCGGAGGCGAUCGCAAAUGUGGCGAAAUUCCCAAGGGCUCGACGCACAGUUCGGAAGCACGGUGGCAUUAAAAAGCUAGUUGCCCUGCUAGAUGUGCCUAAUUACGACAAAGAUGCCACUGGCCCCGAGGUCGAGCGAGACAUUGAAGUGGCGCGUUGCGGCGCCCUUGCUCUCUGGUCAUGUUCGAAAUCUGUGAAGGCAAAAGUAGCUAUGAAAAAGGCCGGUGUCAUCUCGCUCCUUGCGCGCCUCCUCAAGUCACCUCACGAGGCUCUUCUUAUUCCUGUCGUAGGCACGCUAGAGGAGUGUCUGAAUGGUCACAUGGAUAGACCGGGUGGUGGUGGUGGUGGUGGUGGUGGUGGUGGUGGUGGUGGUGGUGGUGGUGGUGGU